AGAAAUGCCAGGCCUGUGUUUGCUACCUACUUGCUGGCCUUGAGGGUAUCCUGGAGGUACCUUGAACCCUGGUGGUUUGUUCUCAUGCAACACCACCUGUUUUCUCCACUCCUGACUUCCGCUGUGGUUUGCUGGCAUUUUCUUUUUUAGCCUAAGACAAGUGAGCAAACAAGGCAGGUUGUCAUUUCCUCAUUUUCAAGCCGCGUUCCUCAAAGGGGCCAGCAACCGCUUUGAAACUCUGCUGUGGAGAUUUCUGUCCCCCUCCCCUUCCUCUGCAGGGGCUCCUGGACGGGAUCUGGCUGGGCAAGGGACCAUGGACCUCAGGCUCUGGUUACUAUACUUCCUACCAGCUGGAGCUCUGGGGGCCCUCCCAGAAGUAAAGCUGGAGGCAGAGCUGGGCGGAUCUGUGACCAUCAAGUGCCCGCUUCCUGACGCAUUAGGGGGGAUGUACCUGUGCCGGCAGAUGGCUGACUCUAAACCGUGCGCGACCGUGGUCUCCACUUACUACACCAAGGAUGAAUUCAAGGGCCGAGUCACUCUGUUGGCACACUCCAAAAAGCACCUGUUCCUGGUGAAGAUGACAGAGCUGACCGAAAAGGACAGUGGAGUCUAUGCCUGCGGGGUGGGCCUGAACACAGACCGGGACAAGACCCAGAAGGUCACCCUUACCGUCCACACUGUAGAGUAUGAACCAUUCUGGGAUGAGGAUCCAAUGCCCAGGCCUCCAGAACGCUUUCCUAAAAUGAUGCACCGGCAGCUGCCUCAUCGGUUCCAGAUGCCUUCACCUGCCAGCUCUUUCCAAUCAACUUCCAAAGCUACUCCACAAGCUCAAAACAUCAAGGCCCCUGCUGCCCAUCGUCCCUCUCCCACCGCUCCCAUCACUCACCAACUUCGUGUGUCCCGGGCAUCACCAGGAGCAGUCGCCAGGCCCCCAACCCUCCCGCCAUCUGCUGCCAAGACCCCAGCCAAGCAGGUGCUGCUCAGACCCUGGACGGUGGCCUAUAACCACCAUACCAAGAUGCACAGACAGAGAGCACUCGGCUCCGGCUCGCUGUCCGAAACAGGAGACCAAGGGCUCCAUAUCCUGAUUCCCGUCUGCCUGGCCUUCCUCCUGCUGGCCCUGCUGGGCCUGGUGGUGAAGAGAGUCGUGCAGAGGCGGCGGGCCUUCUACAGGCGGAUCCGCCGACAGGCCGUGAGGAUGCGCAGCCGGGAAGCGAACCGGCGGCCCGGCACGCAGAGGUCCCGCGCGUCUCAGCGGCCGCGUUCGCAAAACAACGUCUAUAGCGCCUGCCCGCGGCGUGCUCGGGAACCGGACGCGCCAGGCGGGCCCGAGAGCCAGCUGGACACCCCGGGAGUCUCGGCCUCGCCCGCCCAGCCGCAGGUGUCUGAAACUCCCUGGCUCCACGCCACGGCUCCGAAGACCAGCUGCGAAUACGUGAGCAUCUGCCACCAGCCUGCCGCCAACACGGAGGACCCUGACUCAGACGACUAUGUCAAUAUUCCCUGCCUGACUCACCUCCCCAGCUCUGCCCCCAGGCCCAGACCUUGGUGCCAAUGAGUCUUGUCUGUCUGCUGAUCUGCACCUGCUCCGUCUGUUCUUGGAGCCCUUGUCACCUCCCAUGUCCCGUCUCAACUCAUCCCCAUCUCUUGGUGCCCUGAACAUGGCCCUGCUCCCAGCUGCUCUUGCCCAUCUUUGAAGUCCACCCCCUGUACCUGUGAGCUGGGCUCUUAUCCCUUUGUAAGUUGUCAGGUGGGAGUUGCAGAGUGAGUAGUUGUUUCGGCUGACAGUCCUUGCGGCUCUGUCCUGUCCCAGGGUCUUAUAGCAUCAGGCUGGAGCAGAGGCAUAGCUGUGGCUUCAGCUACCUUUCCCAGGCGUGGACCUCACCCAGCCAGAAGACCCUCAGCCUGCCUCAGGAGGUGGUGCAUCAACUCCCAGAGCUAAGAGGGGAGCUGGUGUACAGGCACCUUUGGGGAUGUCUUGGCAAGUGAGCCUUGAUGUAUCUUGAGACACUAUUGGCUUAUUGAUGUCAUAUGAUUUUUCAGAGCCAAGCUUGUUCACAGCAGCUUUCGAUAACCCAAGCCCUUUCAUCUCCAAGUCUUCCUCCUUUAAUGCUCACCACCACUCCCCCCAUCUUACAGUCCUUGUCAUCCUCUCAUCCUUCCCCCAUGUCCUAGCUCUGACGCUUGGGCACUUCUUGUACCUUUGGUCGAUUUUAGCCUUCCCAAACCAUUGCACCUCUAUGCUUUCAGAAAUGCAACCCAUCUCUGCCAGUUUCAGACAUUAACGGCAGGCGGCAGGGAGUGGACAAGGGAAGGAAAUCAAUGUGGUGUCAGGUCUCUGAAGGGCUGGCAGCUUCACACCAGCACUGUUGGCAGACAAGACACAGCCCACUUCCCACACAGGCCCUUUCUCUCGCAUCUUUGAAGGAAGGUCAUAGUGGGACACCGUGUGUUUGGGUGGAAGUCAGCUCCAAGCUUCAGCCGGAGCUUGAGGUCAAUGAAGGCCUCGUGGAGCUGCUAGAAGCAGACUUUUCCCAGAUAUUCCCAGCAGUUGCCUGGAAAUAGUUGGGAAAGGUGGCCAGACAGGAGUUGGGCUGCCUUUUAUUAGCACACAACGUCACCCAUCAGGCAGUACAUCCGGCUACGAUG